AUGAGAGAACAGAACAUCCAUGAUGCCAUUUGGAAAGAGAUAUCAAAUCGCGUGAAGGAGUAUUUGGCUAAUUGGGUUUAUGAAGCUGGCAUAUCUUUUAAUGCAAUUGACCUGAAUAGCUUUAAGCUUUUUGUAAAAGCACUUGGUCAAUUUGGACGAAUGUUUAAACCUCCUAGUAAAUAUGAAUUUAGGGAGCCACUAUUGAAAAAAGCAGUUGAUAGAACUAAAACUAAAUUGAAGAUUAAUGAAGAUGAAUGGAAAAAUAGUGGAUGUUCAAUCAUGACUGGUGGCUGGAGUGAUAGAAAGAGAAGAAGCAUCAUGAACUUGUGUAUUAAUUCAAGGGCAGGUACUGUUUUCCAUUCUUCUAAGGAUUUUUCAAAUAUUCCACACACAAGUGAAGUGAUUCUUGAGUAUGUUGAUCAAUGCAUUGAGAAAGUUGAGCUGGAGAAAAUCGUUCAAAUAGUAACAGACAAUGCUUCUAACAAUAUAGGAGCAGCAAAUUUGAUGCGGCAAAAAAGGGCAACGAUAUUUUGGACAUCAUGUGCUACGCAUACAAUUAACCUUAUACUCGAGGGUAUUGCAAAACUACCUCGGUUCAAGAAAAUCCUUGAUCAAGCCAAAGAUUUAACCAUCUUCAUUUAUGCUCAUCACAAGACUCUAGCCAUGAUGAGGUCCUAUACAAAAAAGAGAGACAUAGUGAGACCAGGAGUCACUAGAUUUGCUUCUUCAUUCCUUACUUUACAAAGUUUAGUUGAGAAAAAGGUGCAAUUGAAGGCAAUAUUUUCUAGCACUGAGUGGGAUGAAUGA